AUGGGGACGUACGACAAACCAAGCGGUCCUGGGCUUGAGCAGGCGCAGGGUGAUGCCAGGAUUAACCUGGGAUGUUGUUUCACUGCAGAGCUGCCUCUCCAGGACUGCAGACUCCUUGGGGUGCAGCCAACUCUGCACACCAUCCGAUGGGAGGGUCCUCCCACGGCCUUCGCCCCAGCUCAGCGCACACUGAGGUCGCUGCCGUCUGAACAGCCCUUCUCUCUCUCGAUGAGUGGCAUGUUCGAAACCUGGCUGGGCAGCUUGGUAUCCGCUCUUCGGGAGAGGGAGAAGGAUGCCAACGUGGUCGUGGUGGACUGGCUUUCGCUUGCCCACCAGCUCUAUACCGAUGCGGUGAACAACACGCGGAUCGUUGGAAAAAGCAUCGCGAGGCUGCUUGACUGGUUACAGGAGAACCCUCUCUUCCAGCUGGAGAACGUUCACCUGAUUGGGUACAGCCUGGGCGCCCACGUCGCCGGCUUUGCUGGUAACCAUGUCCAUGGGACAAUAGGCAGAAUUACAGGCUUGGAUCCAGCUGGCCCUAUGUUUGAAGGAGUGGACCCUAGCAAGCGCCUCUCCCCCGAUGAUGCUAACUUUGUGGAUGUCCUUCACACCUACACAAGGGAAACGCUGGGCGUUAGCAUUGGGAUCCAGAUGCCUGUAGGCCACGUUGACAUCUACCCCAACGGGGGAGACUUCCAGCCUGGCUGCGGAUUAAGCGAUGUCUUGGGAGCAAUUGCCUAUGGGACAAUCGGUGAAGUUGUUAAAUGUGAACAUGAGCGGUCUGUGCACCUCUUUGUGGACUCCCUCGUGAACCAGGACAAACAAAGCUUUGCGUUUCAAUGUACCGAUUCCAGUCGCUUCAAGAAGGGCAUCUGCCUGAGCUGCCGGAAGAACCGCUGCAACGGCAUUGGCUACAACGCCAGGAAAACACGGAACAAACGAAACAGCAAGAUGUACUUAAAAACAAGAGCUGACAUGCCGUUCAAAGUCUACCAUUAUCAGAUGAAAAUGCAUGUCUUCAGCUACAAGAGCUUGGGAGAGGCUGACCCCACUUUCUCCGUCACCCUUCAUGGCACCAACGGAGACUCCGAACCCCUCUCUUUAGAAAUGCUUGAUCAAAUUGGCUUAAAUGCUACUAACACCUUCCUGGUCUAUACUGAAGAGGACAUGGGUGAACUUUUAAAAAUCAAGCUCACCUGGGAGGGAACAUCUCAGUCAUGGUACGAUCUGUGGAAAGAGCUGAAGAGCUACUGGUACCGGCCUGCGAAGUCUUCCCAGGAACUGCAUAUCAGACGUAUACGUGUGAAAUCUGGGGAAACGCAACAGAGGUUUGCUUUCUGUGUGGAGGAUUCCCAGCUAACCAGUAUAUCUCCUGGUAAAGAGCUCUGGUUUGUGAAGUGCACAGAGGAAUGGCGAAAAAGAUCUGUCUCCAAUUUGCUCUGA